GAAGAAAGUUGAAAACCAAGGUGAAACUGGAUGAAGAGUUUCUCGAAGAAGACGGCUUCGAUGCCAAGAAAUACUUAAAGUUUGUCAAGAAAUGAACUAAAAAAAAGUCCAAUCAAGAAGUAGUCAGAAAUAGUUUGUUACAUAAAUAAUUUACUUGUCAAUAAUUAUUCAGUGAAUAUUCAGAUUAUUCUUAAUUAGUCAUCAUCAACAAGAAAAUGUGUCCUCGUCGUAGUAUAUAAUUGUUUUCGUAGUAGUGGCGAUAAAAUGAAUCAGUAAUUGGAAAACCCAAGUUCUGCACACACAGAGUCAGUCUCAAUCUAACUAGGCUAAACAAAAUGGAGGAAAAGUUACAACAACUUGACGUAGACCUGGAAGUAGAACCUCCUCCUGUGAAAAGGUCAAAGUUGGAUAAGCUCGAUAACACGUCGGGGCAAAAACUUUCCAAUUCUUUAGAAGAAAAAAGAGAUGACGACGCGCUAGAAAAAAAUGGGAGCGACAGAACCAAUAAAAAAGUCGCAGCUUCACCUGAUGCAAAUGGGAAUCAAGUUGAAACCGAUAAAUGUGUUCUGGAAGACAAAACUGACGACGAGCCCCCCGCUUCUUCUCCCCCCGAUAACGAUAAGAGUCCUACUUCUAACACCGAGCUUAGCAAAUCAUCCACCCCUUCAAAAAGUCCCACAAAGAAGAAAAAGAAACGCAAGAAAUUGAAACCAUCAUCGACCACCCCAUCCCCGGUGAAGGUGAAGGACUCGAAAAAAACUGCAAAAUCUAAAGCCGCCGCCGUACAAAAAGCUGAAGCUCAAGCAGCCGCACAAAAGAAGGCUGCAAAUCUUCGCAAGAAUAUUAAGGACAUUUUCAAAACGGAAAAUCUAGGCGAAGAAACCUUAGCGGCUCAACGGGAAGAAGCGGAACGAAGGGAACGAAUGAUUCUCAAGUUGCAGCAGUUAAAAUUACUGCAAGCUCAAACCCUUGCAGCUAACGCGGCGGCAUCGUCGUCGUCAUCAUCGUCAAUGAACGUCCCCUCUCCAACACCUUUGAUAAGUAGUGCCCCUUUGAUAAGUACGAGUGACUUUGCCCCUGCUGUUAUUAAAUGUGAAGACGACGUAGUCAGUGGUCCUCCACCUCUUCCCAUUGGUGACGAACACGGCGUCGUAAUCGACGCCACUUAUCUUUCCCCACCACCCUCCGAACUUUUCGUGUCGAGUGAACUUCCCCAAGAGGAAAUUGUUCUGUCUUCAGACGACGAACGGGAUGACGACCAUGAAAUAAAAACUUGUGUUACUAGUAAUAAUAAUAAUAAUAUCGUUCAAUAUCCUCAACAUUCUUCUACCUUAUCCGAGUUGAGAAGCCAUCUUAUCCACCCGACGGAAGGAGUAUACGGACAGCAAUCCUUCCCAUUAUUGCCGAGUGGUGACGCUUCUUCUUCCGACUUCCUACUCGAUGACCAAAACGUUAUAUCGAUAAGUUCUGGGGACGAAGACGAUACUAAUAAUUGUGAUAACCCGGUUACAACAAGUAGUAGUGCGACAAAUGGGAAUGGAUAUCAUUAUUCGCAUAAUAAUAAUAUUAAUCACCACUUUUCCUCUGCCUCCUUAUCGUCCCACCAUUUGCCGUAUUUCCAACAUCAUCAUCAGAGUGAAGUGAUAAGCGAGUCGAGUAGUAUUAGAAGUGGGGGGAGUAGGGGGAGAGGAGGGCGUGGUGGUGGUGAUAAUGACAGUGACGAUGAUUGCGUCGUUCUCAGCCCGACGCCGGAAAGUGAGGACCCGAUUGAGAAGGAGGAGAGGAAUUUGGACGAAUUAAAUAUUUUGGACAGUGAGGGAAGGGUUUUGGUCAAUGUUGGACAUCCGGAUGAAGAUCCAGACAUAUUUUUGGCACCGCAAGUUUCAAGGAUUGUUAAACCGCAUCAGAUCGGAGGUAUUAGAUUUUUAUACGAUAACGUUGUUGAGUCCGUCGACCGAUUCAAUACGGCCAGUGGGUUUGGUUGUAUCCUGGCGCAUUCGAUGGGAUUGGGAAAAACUUUGCAGGCCGUCUCUUUCUGCGACGUAUUUCUCCGCGCAGCCCGUGCCAAGAGUAUAUUAAUCAUCGUCCCUAUAAACACGAUACAAAACUGGCUCAACGAAUUCAACGUUUGGCUCCCAACAAAGAAAACUGUAUCCAAAAAGAAGAAAAAGCCAGUAAAGAAGGACCCUGCAACUCCCGCCAACCCUGAUAACCUCACCACCACGCCGAAGAACCCACCCAGUCCGGCCUCCCUCACCGACUCCAUCAGCGAAACAGUCUCGCUAAACUUGAGCUUUGAUUCUACUUUAAAUCUAUUCGAGAAAACCGAGGAAGAUUCCGCCGCACCGGAAAAACAAGAAUCAGAUCCCGACAACGAUGGCGGCGAAGCGAGAGGCGGAGGAGGAGACGCCAUACACUUGAGAGAAUUUGAAGUUUACGUUCUAAACGAAACCGUAAAAACGUUACAAGCCCGGGAAAAAAUUAUAAGCGAGUGGUCCACAAAAGGAGGCGUGAUGCUCAUCGGGUACGAAAUGUAUAGGAUGCUUGCGCUCAAAAAGUUGAAGAAAUCUGGGAAGAAACAACCCCCAAACUUCCCAUUUUCUGGGGGAGACGAGUAUUCCAACGAAGCCGUCAGUCUGAGCAACAUUUACUCCUGCCUGGUAGAUCCUGGGCCAGAUCUGGUCAUUUGUGAUGAAGGACAUCGCAUCAAAAAUAGUGGGGCUAGUAUUUCUCAAGCCCUGAAAGCUAUUAGGACACGGCGUCGCGUCGUCCUCACGGGCUACCCGCUGCAGAAUAAUUUGAUGGAGUAUUGGUGCAUGGUGGACUUUAUCCGACCGAAUUACUUGGGCUCAAAAGUGGAAUUUUCCAACAUGUUUGAACGACCAAUUUCCAACGGACAGUGUGUCGAUUCCACCCCGGAGGACAGACGAUUAAUGAGGUUUCGAUCCCACGUCCUUCACUCGUUGCUCGAAGGAUUCGUUCAACGGCGCUCGCAUGCUGUGCUUCACUCCGCCCUCCCCCAAAAGAAGGAGUGGGUCUUCCUCCUCAAAAUGACCACCGUGCAAUACAACCUGUACAAAGAGUUUAUGCAAUAUCUCAGCGACAAUAAUACGGACGGACAGUGUGGCGCAAAUCCCAUCAAGGCUUUUGCCGUCUGCUGUAAAAUCUGGAACCAUCCCGACGCUUUGUACAACGUUGUACGGAGAAAGCAAAGCAUCCUCGACGAUCUCGACCUGGACGAGCUGAAUAGCGGAACGGGCGGUGGGGGGUCAAACUGGUCGAACAAAUCGAGGCGACGAGGAACCAGCAGAAAAAAGAAGGAGAAGGAAGGCUCCCCUCAAAUCUCCUAUUUUGACGGAAGCGGUUUCGACUUUCGUCGAAGCACGCUCGACUAUUCUCCAAUGUCUUCAACUUCAAAUCGGUCCGGAUCCGAGGCCCUCUCGUUGGACUGGGCGCUCCCAAUUUUCGAAAAUUAUGUCCCCGGAAUCCUCGAGAAUGGAGUCAAGUUUGAAAUCCUGUUUGAAAUUAUACAAGAAACUGUGCACGUUAAGGACAAAUUGUUAGUAUUUUCUCAAACCCUGCUCUCCCUCGAUUUGGUGGAAUACUUUCUCCAGCAAAAGUUUAAUUGGGCAAAGAACGCUCAAUAUUAUCGACUCGAUGGGAGCACGACGGGGCUCGAGAGGGAAAAACUGAUCAAUAACUUCAACAAGUUGGAAGGAGUGUUUGUCUUCUUGGUGUCGACGAGGGCGGGAUCUUUAGGAAUUAAUCUUACCGGAGCUAACAGGGUUGUCGUGUUGGAUGCUUCAUGGAAUCCGUGCCACGAUUGUCAAGCUGUAUGCAGAAUUUAUCGAUAUGGGCAAACCAAACCGUGUCAAAUCUAUCGAUUUGUGUCGGAUUGCACUCUGGAAAAAAGGAUUUACGACCGACAAAUCAACAAGCGGGGGAUGAGCGACCGUGUCGUUGAUGAAAUGAAUUUUAAACCCCAAUUCAAAAGCAAAGACGUCAGCUCCUUUCUCGUCCUGAAACACGACCAUCUCGACAAAUUACAGUAUAUCAAGUGUGACCUCAACCCAGAAAACUAUUCGGAUCCAAUCCUCCAAAAUGUGUUGGCUCGACAUGGCGACAAAUUGACGCAGGAACCUUUUGAGCAUGAAUCACUCCUCAUCGACCAGAAAAGCCAACGUCUCUCAGCCACCGAAAAACGGCUCGCGCAUCGCAACUAUCUCACGGAAAAGCGGACGGCAGAGCUUCAAAGCGCGUCUGGUUACUCGUACUCUCGUCCAUCAUACGCGGCGUACUAUCCUCGAGAGACGUCGUCGACAACCUCCUCCCUCCUUGCGUCCAACACGUCGCCUUCCUCAUCUCAUCGCACCUCUUCUUCUUACCUCACGUCCUCCGCGUCUUUAUCUUCAAGCUUCCGUUCUUCGUCACACCCUGUAGUCCAAGAAGACAAAUUUGAGCAUCACGUCCCAGCCUUGCGAGCAAAGGGGAUUUGUGUCCAGAGUAUUUUACUGAAGAAGGAUUCCUUCCUCGCCGACCCGAGCGGAGGACCGGACAUGUAUCUCAUGGGCGGCGAAAAGAUUUACGUUCUUCGCUCAGAAAAAGGAACAUAUCUCCGAAUCAGCAACGGAAAACUGAUCGCUGUCCGAAACAACGCAUCAAAUUCAAGAUUUCCCAUCCUAACCGUCCCUCCGACGCAAGAGCUGUCCAAAGAACAAUUGCAAACCUUAGUCUACUCCUUCCUCAAACUCCCCAACCAUCAUUCCUACACCAACGACUACAUUCACUCUGGUGCAUUCUCCUCCUCCUCCACCUCCACUGAACAACCGCUCCCACCCUCCGCCAGUUUCUACACGCAUAACAAGCACCACCUUCAAGUGACCAAUACCCGCAGCAAUUCUGGCGGAGAUGUCACCAUGUGGCCGUCGUCAUCGGCCUCAUUAAAUCCCCAAUCUCCACAAUCACCUCUAGUCGGGCUACCUUCGUCGUCAAAGCUAAACAGCGAUUUUACAAAAUCCUCGUCAUCUUCAAGUUUAAACGCGCUUUUAGACGCGGCCACCAUCAACGGAGGAGGAGGACCAAUGAGUGGACUAAAUUUCACCUCUAAUCUCGAAAAGUUAUCCUAUCUCGCCAGAUUUUCCGGCCUUUCUACCCAACACAAGGAACAAGAAUCUUCUUCUUCUCGACGAAAUCGUCUGCUGAUGGACGACAAUUCCAACUCGAAUUCCAGCUUUCCACCCGGAUUCCUAUUCCCUCCGUGUCCUACACAAAUCUUCUCCCGGACGGGGACACCCCCCUCCACAUUUGCAUCGGACGUUGAAGUCAUCCCCAUUUCAAAGAAGAGGAAUCGCCCCGGCGGUGGUGGUGUGUCGCCGAGUAUUUCCUCCUCCGCGACGUCAGCCUCGUCCAAUUCACAAUCCGCUUUUCCCUACAGUCACGCCGUCUCUAUUUCCACCACGUCCGCGUCUCGUCCACCCACCAUCGAGGCGGAACGACACCCUUCAAAAUCCAGUGAUGCCAAUCCCAAUUUUUACGAGGAUUUUACCAUCACGGUAAAAUCCCCGAACAAACUUAAACAUAACAACAGCAGUUCUUCAUCAUCUGCAAUCAGCACAAAUUUCACGUCCCGACCCGGCCCCCACUUCAACUUUGAUCGAGGCGAAUACAUCGCGCAUCAUGAUAACGUAUCGGAGGGAAUAGGAUCGUCCCCUCCGAACAGUGCGUUCCACCACGUGACCACCACGACGACGAGGAGUGACAACGGGGUGCACGACUUUUCCAGCACGUUAUUAAACCAGUAUUACAACAACGGUUUAGUUCAACAUAACACGAAAAGUAAUGGAAGCAGUUCUUCUUCCUCGUCAAAGAAUGAGUUUCCAUUUCAUCAAAAUCAAGGCGUAUGAUAUUGGAGGAGGGGUCAACAAACACGUUAAAAAUCUGGUAGAGUCAGAUAUAUACUCGGUACUGGUAUUGAUUUGGUAAUAACUUGUGACCGGAUUGGUAGUAGUUUGUUUCAGAAUGGGGAAUUUUUCAUUACGACAACAUUACUAAACGGUAAUGCCCGUUUUUACCAGUACCGAUAAAGUCAUGCAUAUGUAUGUACUCCGAUCAGUAAUGAUUUAAUACCAGUUUUCUAAGAGUGCAACAACAACGCUGCUGCUGCUGUCGUCGUCUUCAGCGAAUACAAACGUUAGAAAUGUUCAAAUAAUAAUAAUGUGUCGUUUUUGCACCUUGUUGUUUGUUGAAUGAUGAUAUUACAUACAUAAUUAUUAAGUAUUCAAUUCAUCUUUUUCCUGUGUCAAAAAGUAUGUAUCCCUAAAAAACGAAAUGUACCUUUUCAGAAAUAUUUUAAGUUGAAAGUCAAGAAAGCAUGAAAGAUCGAUGAGUCUACCUUAAUUAAUUAAUUACUGCCUCCAAUCGUGGCUAUGAUUUUGAGUACAAAAUAUCAGACAGAAACUACAUAUAUUUAAGACAAGUUUUUAACUGGUAGUAGAAUAAUUACAUUUUAAUUAGUGGUAUAAUAAUAGUUAAUCAUUUACAUAAUUGUUGUUGUUUGUGUGGGUGGUAUUUGGUGUGAUGCAUAUGUACGUUACAUAAUUAAUUAGUUAAUUAUCCUAUUUAUUAUUAAGUUCGUUCAUGCUACAAACGACACCACGUUAUUAUUCAAAACUCAUCCUCCAGUAUUGUAUUGUUGACUUUACCGACCGAAUGUCAUGAUGAUUAUCCUAAUAAAGAAGUAUGUUUCUAUUUA